CAAUAUUUGUAAACAUUCGUCCCGCGAAGAUUAAAUACGUUGAUGAUAAUAUUGAAUGUUUCAUACAUAAUAAUAUUAUUAAAAUAUACGACAGCAUAAUAUUAUAUUUAAUCUACGAUAAUAUAACACGUAUCUAAUAUAUUAUGUAAUACUCAUCGUCCGUUUAAUGUAGGCCAAUGGUCUAUGGUAGUACUCAUCAGCACGUCAGGGUCAGCGACCGUGUAGAAUCUCGACUACGUGUUACGUUUGUCCGUCGUCGCGAUUCCCAUUGCCCGUUUGAAUUUUCUGCGCACGGGGACAGCCAAGGCUAACAGAAUUAGUCGGUCCGGAUGCGUCCUUUGCUGGAGCAGCAGGUCGAAUAAGUCGAUUAGAGUCUAAUCAUCAGGCCUUUGUAGAACAAACCUAACGGAUCAUCCAACGCAUUAUAUUACGUGUCUGUAACUGUAAGACAAUGUAUAGCUUUAUCUAUUUUCUGGCCCAAUUAACAAUAUAGAACUAACUCGUAUAUUGAUUUGAAAGAGGGAAAACAGUGGUCGGCAAGAUCAGAAGCCAAUAUAUUUCUGGUCUAUGAUUGGUAUCGCGGCAUCACACGCGUCCCACCUUUUACACCGUGCGCGUUGUGUGUCGAUAGAUGUGACGUAUAAACAAUAAACAUACAAAUUAUUUUAUAACAUAUUAGCUUCACGAUCGUUCAAAAUGUCUGCUAUUCCUCACUUGCCCAUUUUUGUUGAAGACGACGAUAUUGAAAAAGGAUCUCAAAUCAUAUUGAAACUAAUAAGGCCGGACUGGGAUUUGGAAAAAAUCAGAUGCAAGUUGUUCACAGAUGGUAUUACUAACAAGUUGGUCGGUUUGUUCGACGAUUCGCGUUCAGAAAAUGAUGGCGUGCUGGUUCGCAUUUACGGGAAAAAUACCGAACAGAUCAUUGACAGGAAAGCAGAAGUCGAAAACUUUAAGUUUUUGUACCGUGCUGGAAUCGCGCCGGAUCUGUACGCAACGUUCGAUAAUGGUUUGGUGUACAAAUACAUUAGAGGCGAAACGCUGACCACUACCACAGUCCGGGACCCGAAUAUUUACAGGGUAGUGGCUAGAACAAUGGCGAGAUUUCACCGGUUAGGUACAAGUGGUAAAGGGGCAGGCGACGAGACGAAUAAAUCCGGACUAUGGAAUAAAAUGGAACAGUUCGCCAAUCUCAUUCCGGAACGUUUUAGCUCGCCGUCCAUCGACCUCCAGUAUCGAAAGACAUUCCCUCAAGGCGUCAAAAGUCUACGUGCCGAUAUUGAAACGGUCAAAACAUUGCUGGAGAACAUCGGAAGUCCAGUCGUGUUCUGUCACAACGACCUGCUGUUGACCAACAUACUUGUACAGAGUGACAACGCUCUGGGAGGUAGUCCCGUCAGCGUAGCAUUCAUCGAUUAUGAGUACGCCAUGUUCAACAAUCAGGCGUUCGACAUAGCAAAUCACUUUAUUGAAUUCGCUGGUGUACAAGAACCGGACUUUUCAUUGUAUCCAAAUGUCGAUUUGCAAAUGGACUGGCUGAGGUCCUAUCUGGAAGAAUACAUCGGUGAAUCUUUGGACCAAAACGAUCCAAGAGUGGCCGUGCUCAAUGACCAAGUAAACAUGUUUACAAUUGCAUCGCAUUUGCUAUGGAUAUUCUGGUCACUCGUACAAACCGAAAUAUCGGUGAUCGAUUUUGAUUAUUUAAAAUAUGCAGAAAUGAGAUUAGAACUGUACAUGAAAGUGAAAAGUUCACUCAUCAAAUGAACACUUGUGACAUUCCUUACAUAAUUCUAUAAUUGUAUGAUACUUUCAAAUUAAUAUGUUUUCAUGUAUACCAUUAUAAGACAAGAAAAAUAUGCUAUAAUAUAGGCUCACCACGCUUCGUCAAUAAAUAUUAAAUUAUAGGCAUAAACUUUUAUUUUUUAUUUGAAUGCGUUACCACUAUGCGGAUGAUUAACGUCAUUUACCUGCUACACCGCCGUCAAAUUGCAUCGUAAUCACAAUAAUUUUUCUAAUUGUAUGCCUAUAUGGUAUCACCUGCAUGGUUAUUAGCCGGCUCUUACUGCGGGGGUUUUUACGGUUAGGUCAGAACACAUGUGCAGUAUGUGGCAAGGAUUUGUUGCUAAAAAUCCCCCGUGGUCACCCAUCCGGGAGCCAGUAACACCAGCCGGUGAGUCCACUCAAGGCGCGUGCGCAAGUAAAUGUAAAUACCGUGCCACGUCAAGCCACAAUCACAAUAUUAUAAUUUAGUAAUUAUAGUACAAAGAGAUUUGUUGAAACAUAUAAAUUGUGUACACAUUGACUCACCAGCACUGCUUUUGUUUUAAAGUGAAACAAUCAACAUUUUCUUAUUACAAUCAGUGAUAAAUAUACCAAAUGAUGAUAUAACUUAAAAUAUUGAAUAUUAAUAUCUUACUCACCUUGUAAUUUGUAUAAGAAUAUUAAUACUAACUACUGUUAGUAUGUUACAUGUUACUUCCAAUAGCCGGUAUUCUACCUUGAAGUCCGAAGACAAAUUAUACCGGUAAAAUAAGCCAUAAAGUUAGACUUAAAGUAAUACAUAAUAUACACUUUACUUUUAAGUAAUUUUCCACAAACUUUGCGGUAGGUAAUACGAAGUCAACCCUAUAAAAAAUCAAAAAAUGGAAAGUUUUGAAAACUAAAACAACGUUGUUUCACCAGGACUUUCGGAUAGUCUAAGCCCUAGGGCCUGUUGAGAGCUGAGCUGGCAGUGAUGUUUGUCCCAAGAAAAAAUUGUGUUAUCAGACCAAUGCAUCGCCACGGCAAAUGCGCUACUAAAAUUGGAAAUUGCCCAAGACGGAGAUUACGUCAUGACAACGGAUUUAAUCAAGUGCCCGCCUUGCAAUGGUAAUACCGUGGUAACCAAGACUCCGGGUUCAAGAUCACAAGACACCGGAUGUGCUCCCUCGAAUAACCCGGCGUGAAUCAGUUUUGACUUUGAAAUGGAUAUAGGGAUAUACUUAGUAAUAAUAUUCACUUGGCUCCGGCUCAACUCGAGUCAUUGGUCACACACUCGCACACUGGCCGAGCACACUACCAAAUAAGUGUUUGGAAAGUGAAUAAUGGUACUUGAGAACGAUGUAUACAUAUGUAUAUUUUCCCGAUAUAUAUUGAAAACGUGACAGAACUACGGCCGUCUAUAUAAUAUGUCUAUAAAACACGUUGAGACUACGAUAACGUCAAAAGUCAAACGUCAUCUAGUCAGACAGCGCUCUGGCCGAUCCUUGACGAACGGUAGCCAUACGGCGAUCAGUGAUUUUUCCACGGCGCAGUGUAGACCCUAGACGAACUAUAUCGACGACGUUCUUAGAAGGUGAUGGUCGUCUGUUCCCAGCGUUCUACCCGUGGUGUGCUCGAAGGAUUAAAAUCUUUCGCAGAACCGAGGAUUUUAUACGGACGAGUUCCGCCGUAUUUUGUAGGAGAUUCGGAAACGCGCAGAGACAGCAGCAUUUCUCAGGUGCUCGUGUAUUCGAGGUGUCGUUGAUGUCAACAUAUUGUAGUUCCGAGGUUAUGUUGCAAAUAAUGAUGGUGGUACAGCCAUGUGGUGAACUCGAAUCUCGGCAGACUUUGCGA